AUGCCUUGCGCAAAAUACCUCGCCAUCCAAAAUGGUGGCGGAAACGAUGUUGUCGAUGUGGUGAAGUUUUGUUUUGCUUGUUACGGCGUUUGAAUUAAAUUGUUUGAAUAAUUUAAUUUGAGUUUCGAAAUCUGACAGACGGUGUAAGACAACAGCUUUCUUAGUUGGACUGUUAGUGACAGUUUUUGCGUUUCUUCCGGUCGUUGUUUGCACGGAGCUGCUGUCAUAGCCCGGUCACUGACAUUUACAGGCAGAGACCCGGACAGGUUCAGUAAAGGCAGUUCGAGAUGAAGGGUUCUGCUUCUCUGUCACUGCUCCACAGAUUCUCCGCUCACCCGGAUUCUCGCUGCUGGUUCGUCAGCUGGAAUUCUUCUGGAACUCUCUUAGCUUCAUGUGGAGGAGACAAAGUCAUCAGAGUCUGGGGACGAGAAGGAGACUCCUGGGUGUGUAAGAAUGUUUUGGAAGACAGUCACCAAAGGACAGUCAGGAAAGUGGCCUGGUCUCCCUGUUCAAACUACUUGGCCUCGGCCAGCUUCGAUGCCACCACCUGCAUCUGGAAGAAGAAGAUUGAAGGGUUUGAGUCUCUGACCGUGUUGGAAGGACAUGAAAAUGAGGUGAAGUGUGUGUCCUGGGCUCCGUCAGGGAACUUGCUGGCCACCUGCAGCCGAGACAAGAGCGUGUGGAUCUGGGAAGUGGAUGAAGAAGAUGAGUACGAGUGUGUGACUGUGCUGAAUUCUCACACUCAGGACGUCAAGCAUGUGGUGUGGCAUCCAACACAGGAGCUGUUAGCAUCAGCAAGCUACGACAACAACAUCUGUCUGUACAGAGAAGAGGACGAUGACUGGGAGUGUCAGGUGACCUUAGAAGGACAUUCAUCCACCGUCUGGAGUCUGUCUUUUGACGCUUCAGGACACAGACUGGCAUCCUGCAGUGACGACCGCACUGUCAAGAUUUGGCAGGAGUUUCCACGAGACCAGGCUGGAACUGGAGAAUCAUCUUGGAAGUGUGUUUGUACCUUAUCUGGUUUCCAUGGAAGGACAGUUUAUGAUGUUGACUGGUGUAAAGUAACGGGUGCCCUGGCAACUGCCUGUGGAGAUGACACAGUGAGAGUCUUUAAAGAGGACGAGUCGUCAGACCCCGACCAGCCCAUCUUCUCCAUGGUUGCUCAGGCGACCAAGGCCCACAGUCAGGAUGUCAACUGUGCCGCCUGGAACCCAAAAGAGGCAGGACUUCUGGCCACAUGCAGUGAUGAAGGAGACAUCGCCAUAUGGAAGUUUAAAGAAGAAUGAGAACAUGGUCAGCUGUCAACCUUAUAACCAGGUGGUUCAGAUGUUUUUCACCUACAUGGUUUGUUUAAAUGCCAGUUACCUGUUUAAAAGAUAAGAUAUUGAAGAUUUUUUUUCAACAUUGAUCCAGCUUAUUCUACUGAGAUCUUCUACUUUAAUUAAGUCAAUAACAUGUUUUUGUCAGUGCAGUUUGCAGUUGUUUCUUUCCAAACUUUUUGUAGAAACCUGAACCAUUGCAUUAAGUAAUGCAGCUCCUUUGUUGGCAAAGUAAAAUAAAAUAAAAAAACUUUAGAAACA